UAGCUCGUGUACUGUCAAUCGAAUUAAUUCGUACACAGUAUCGCAGGUGCGUGUACCACAGUCAAACGUAACGAUUUUCGUGCAAUACACAUAAUAAUAUACACGCGCAAUGGGAGAUACUUCGAAGUCAGCUCGAGCCGAGGGCGACGAGGAGGAGAUGACGACCGACGAUCUCGCCAGGAGUCUCAAUGCCUCGAGCUUCGACGAGAUCGAGGAGGUGAGAAACAUCUACUCGUCCGAGGAUCGUCGCGAUCUGCUGAAUUCGACGCUGCCCUUGGGAUUGGCCUCGCUCAGAUCUCUGACACGAGGCAAAAACAACGCCGCAGCUCAUCCGGACACCGACCACCCGUUCAACGCAUCGGUCCACGAUGUCGGACUGCUCUACCAGACCCCGGAAAAAAGAGAAAAGACCGUGUGGCUGUCUAGCGGCGACGAGGCCUCGCCGGACGUCUUUUUCCUGGGACAUCAUGAUCAAGUGCCGGAUGUCGACGACGAAGCCGAGAACACCGAAGACACCAGCGUCUACGAGGAGACGGAUCUCAGCAAAUUCGUCAUGGGCUACUGGCGCAAUCCCGAGGAGGAGCUGCUCGACCUGCCGGAUCACGAGGAGUUGGACGACCUCAACGACGCCGACGAGUUCGAUCCUCCGGACGAGUCGAUCACGCAGGAUACAUUUCUGUCUGCCUGUGACUCGCCCAUUAAAAUUCACCUGCCCGGCAGCAGAAGCAGCGAAAACCACCUCAGUACCACCGAGAGGGUCAUCAAAGAUGUACCCGAGCCAGCGAAAAACCUACUGACUGAGGAGGAGAUCUUCGACUGCGUGACCGGUUUGCCCCACCACGAGCUGCUGAGAGAUCACAUGCUGCGCGAGGGCAGAUUGGAGGAGUCGGCGGUGAUACGCAUCGUCAAGGAGGGCGCUUUGCUCUUCGCCCGGGAGGCCAACGUCAUCAAAGUUCCCGCUCCGGUCACGGUUUGCGGCGACAUUCACGGUCAGUAUUACGAUCUGAUGAAGAUCUUCGAGAUCGGCGGCUCACCGGCCGACACGACCUACUUGUUCCUCGGCGACUACGUGGAUCGCGGCUGCUUCAGCAUCGAGUGCGUCCUGUACCUCUGGUCGCUGAAGAUCUGCUACCCCCAGACGUUCUUUCUGCUGCGCGGCAAUCACGAGUGCCGCCAUCUCACCGAGUACUUCACGUUCAAACGCGAGUGCGAGGUCAAGUACUCGCUGCUCGUCUACGAGGCCUGCAUGCUGGCCUUCGACACUCUGCCGCUGGCCGCUCUGAUGAACAACCAGUUUCUCUGCGUGCACGGCGGCCUGUCGCCGGAGCUCCUCGACGUCGAGGACAUCGACAAGAUUCAGCGCUUCCAGGAGCCGGCCUCGCACGGGGCUUUGUGCGAUCUGCUCUGGGCCGACCCGGAGGACCACUACGACAAGCAGCGUCAGCCGGAGUUCUACAGCCACAAUUCGGUGCGGGGCUGCUCGUUCUACUACAGCUACGAGGCGGUCUGCGACUUUCUCGAGCGCAACGGUCUGUUGGGCGUGAUAAGGGCUCACGAGGCGCAGGACGCCGGCUACAGGCUCUACAGACUGACCGACAAGAACUUCCCGUCGCUCAUGACGGUGUUCAGUGCACCGAAUUAUCUCGAUGUUUACGGCAAUAAGGCUGCCAUAUUGAUAUAUUCGAACAACCAGAUGAACAUAAAACAGUUCAACGCGCAGCCUCACCCCUACUGGCUUCCCAAUUUCAACAACGUCUUCGAUUGGUCCAUACCGUUCGUCGGUGAGAAGGUGACGGAGCUACUUCUUGGCGUACUGAACAUCUGCUCCGACGAGGAGAUCAAUCAGAGCCAGGAAGAUGAUUCGCGUCUGGGCGCGGUGGCUGCCAGUCGCAAGGACAUAAUCAAGAAUAAGGUCAAAGCCGUUGGAAAGAUGUCGCGCAACUACACCUUACUCAGGGAGGAGAGCGAGACGAUUAUGCAGUUGAAGGGCUUGUCACCGAAUGGCUUGCUGCCACCUGGAACACUGGCCGGGGGCAGGGAAGGCUUGAAGCAAACUUUGAGAAAACACCUGACAUUCUCCGAGGUCAAAGAGCUGGACGCGUCGAACGAGUGCAUGCCACCCUGGACUGACGAGGAGGAAAGGGAAAUCAGCUGCUCGCGACACCUCAUGUCAAGAAAAAACAAUGAGGUCGUUCCAAGAAGAAGAUCGCCGCGUCUUCGAGAAAAACUACAAAGAAGAUGGGAGGCGAUUGUCAAGCCGUGCUCGGUGGUUUUACAAAGAUUGUCUGAACAACCUCGAGUGUCUGACGAAAAAUCCAAUAAAAAUGCCUAAUUUUUU